UGCAAACAUCAAGAACUGCUGCUUCAUCCUCAUGACUGCAAACGUCUGAUGUUUUUGAAAGAAUUCGUACCGAAAAGAUUUUCUUCAAAGGUUAAUGCUAUCGUGUGAAGACAGCAGAGCACAAAAUCUAAAGUGAACUUGUGUAUCCAUCUCUGGAGAGUCCAGAUGGUGAGGUGAUCAUCUGGCCUCUGACAUACGACAGGAAAGAGGACAUUGUACAAACGACGAUGAAGCAAUUCCUUCAGUAACAAGAAAUGGGAACUGACAGAAUGGGGACGGACCUUGAGAGGUUUCUGGAGGAUCUAGGGUUGAAGCAGUUCUAUAGGGAGAAGCUGCCACUCAGCAAGAUACUUGAGAUCAAUAAGAAGACCAUUGAUGAUGAGCCACCUAAGUAUAAAUCAGAUCUUCCAUGGUACUUUCUCAAGAAACUGAUGAUGGUGAAUGUAACAGCUCGAAAGAUAAAAUGCACAUCUGCUUCUGAGUCUAACCGUGAUGAUCCAUUAGGUAUCGAUGACAUUGAUUUUGAUUUUCUUGACAGUCCAAAUGAGGAUGAAACACUAAAUCCUCUUGAUAUCAUCACUGCUCUAUUUCUGUGUUCUGAUGGUUUUGUUCAGCAAGAACUGGCCCUAAAAAUGUCCAUGUGUCAGUUCUCUGUCCCUCUGCUGCUUCCCAACAGUGAUACAAAGCAGUGCACCCUCAUGCUGUGGGCCAUGAGAGACAUUGUUAGGAAGUACAGACCCCCUGAUCUUUUACAAUCAAAGGGCUUCAGAGAAGAAAGAAUAACUGCUUCUGAACUUCCAAUGGUCUCAUUCGUGAGAUUUGGUGAGUGCUCCUUGUCCAAAUCAGAGAUGCUCAAUAAAUUUCUGAGUACCUCUCAGCAGUACCAUGACACCUUUGUUCACCACAACAUGGAGUGUGGAGACAGACUAAAAACAAUAUCCAGUGGACUGACUGAGAUAACCUGGUGCCUCCCUUGUGGAAACACAAAUAUGGACAUUUUCAGUGAGCCAGUUGCUAUAGCCAACCUUCGUGGUGACAUUGCUUCAUUUGAAACACAAUUCUCCUUUUUGUGUCAGACAUCUGCUGCAGUUUUUGUAUUCUUUGAUCAGCUGGACUCUGAGUGCAAAUUGCUGACUAACAAAAACCACAAAGCUCAGAUCUUUCUGGUGGGAAACCAACAGGACAAGAACUUUAGAGUUGAUCCUGUUAAAAAACUGGCAACCAGUCUUGCCUUGACUAAAAACAACAUUUUAAUAAAGACAAAACAGAUGAAUGAUGCAGACUUUGUCAAACAAUUGAGAGAUAGAGUCAACAGUGUUGUUAAUAACUCACAGUACAAGAUGUCUGUUGAGAAGAUGGCUGACAUUGCCCAAGAUCUAGGAAUCAUGGUUGAUGAAAACUCUGAAGAGUGCCAGGCUGGGAAGAGGUUAGCAGAUGCCAUCACUGCAGAGAUUCAAGACACACUAAAAUACAAAGAACAACAACUUCCUUUACAAGGCCAGAUAUGGAAGGAAUUGACUUUGUUAGAAAAGGAAACAUUUCGUCUUCAAAAAUCUUGGUUCUGAAAGCAUAGAAGAUUACAAAUGCAAUCUUCAAGAUCAAAUAUAUGAACUCCGGAAGAAGCAAAAUGAGAAAGCUAUGUCCAAAGCAAUG